GUCGCAGGCGCGUAAUGUAAAUGUGUGACGUCACACAAUGUUGUCUCUGGAUUGAAUGAAUUUUGUCAAUUCUUGCUGCAGUUGUCAACCUCAAACAGAUUUGCUGCUGAAUCACUUAACAAUUUUCAAUAGACAGAGUCACAAAUCGCUGACUUGGUAGACUUGUGCAGAAACAUUUUAGCCGUGCCACCUUGUUCUUCAAGCUUUGUUGGAGAAUUUAUAAUAUCAAGGUACGAACAUCACCUCAAAGAACCAAACAAUUUGGCGAGGAGAGUUUUGUGCGACAGCAUCCAUCUCGAACACUGUCUCUAAUGUAAAGUUUUUCUCCUAUUGAAAGAAAUUUGACUUUAAGGAUCGAUUUUCGAGGGAAAAUUGUGCUCCGAUUUGUUCAAAAGAUGGGCAAGCAGAACAGUAAGCUUCGUCCGGAGGUUUUGUCAGAUCUUAAAGAACAGACAGAUUUCAGCGAGCAUGAGUUGCAAGAAUGGUACAAAGGCUUCCUUAAGGAUUGUCCCAGCGGCCAUCUUACCGUCGAAGAAUUCAAAAAGAUCUACGGCAAUUUUUUCCCGUACGGUGACGCGUCGAAAUUUGCGGAGCAUGUUUUUCGUACGUUUGACGUAAACAACGACAAGUCGAUAGAUUUCCGCGAGUUCAUAUGCGCGCUCUCUGUGACGUCACGUGGCAAACUUGAGCAGAAGCUGCAAUGGGCGUUCAGCAUGUAUGAUCUUGAUGGUGACGGAUACAUUUCCAGGAAGGAAAUGCUGGAGAUUGUUAAGGCUAUUUACAAAAUGGUUGGCACUGUAAUGAAGAUGCCAGAAGAUGAAAGUACACCGGAGAAGAGAGUCGAGAAAAUCUUCCGACAAAUGGAUAAAAACCUUGAUGGAAAACUGUCCGUAUCUGAGUUCAUCGAUGGCGCCAAAAGCGAUCCAUCUAUUGUGCGUUUGCUUCAAUGUGAUCCAGCCGCUGGUACUUCCUCGUGAAGGCUCAAUUACAUUCCGUAACGUUAGGAAUGCCUAUGAACUCAAACUCCAGAUGUCUGUUCAAACAUUCUCAGAAUUCAAGUCUCUGUAAAUUUCUAUGAUUGGCUGUAUGCGCGAUUCUGAGAAUUUGGUUUUCAUAGCUUCUUUUUAGGAGUGUUGAUAUUUCAUUACAAUUUCAACAGCAUUUUUUCAGCACCAGGUUGUUUCAAAAAUAUUGUAGAAACUAUAAUAAAGUUGUCUACUUUUACAAUUAUAAAGCUUCACAAUGCA